AUGAGCACCACCACCUCUCCAGACCCCUCCUCCGCGCUCCACCUCUACUCCCUCCCCAACGAGGUCUUCGUCCAAAUCCUCACCCCAUUCUCCACGCGCGCCCUCCUCCCUCUCACGACCAUCUCGCACCGCUUCCACGCCCUCGUCCUCCGCAUCCUCCACUACCGCCUCCUCAUAUCCGCCUCGCUGCACGAAUACAAACUCAUCCUCGAGUGUUUUCAUCCCAGCUCCAAGCUCAUCGAACCGCAUGUCUUCUGCCAGUAUCUCGGCACCGACGGGCUCAGCGAUCGACACAAGGGCGCGGGCUCGUUGUAUGAGAAUGUUGAUCCCGCGCAAUGCCUGGGACGGCUGACGGCGCUGUAUUCAAGGUUUCGGCCUGAGAGGGCUGCUGAAGAGAGGUUGAGUGGGAUGGGGUUGGUUAUUUCGGACUUCGAGAGUCAAGCAAACCAAGACCAUUUGACCGUCACGCGACCCGUCAAUCUCGAAGCAUUCGAGGAGUUCUCGCAGCUCUGCGUUGUCGUGAACGUCGUCAAGGUCAUGCCGGGGACGCAUCUGCUCUUGAGCGCCAAUACGGUCGAGGACGGAGUUGUCCGGCUGUUUCGGGAGUGGUUGAAAGAGCAGGAACGGACUUGCAGUUCCUCUCGUAACGCGGAUGAUGAUGAUGAUGAUAAUGAAGAAGAGGGCGAGUCCGAACCCAAUGCCGCUGGCGCUAGCGACCAGUCUCAGUCCCGAUCGCCCAUGUUGUGGGUUGAUCAGGGCAAGAACGUCGGGUUAAAGGUGCGGGUGCGGAAGAAGCAGUAUCUGAAUGCUGGGUUUCCAUUGCUGGUUCAUCGGGAUGAGGAGGUGUUGACGAGUUAUGAGGUGGAUAUUGAAGAAUUGCAUAUUCGCACGACGCGGUUACUACUGACUAUGGAGCAGUCGUUGGAAGAGCAGCAGAACUACAGUAAAGCGGUGAUUUUUACCAGAGGGAUCGGAUGA